UGUCGAGCUCUGUUCAGUUUAGUAUUAACUCAGAUGAAAUUACUGAUAUAAGGUCUGCCUUGUUUAGCUCCUGUGUUCCUGGAUGGGAAAGCUGAUACAGCCAAGGUCACUGACCUGUAUCCUUGGAUGGAGUAUGAAUUUCGGGUAUAUGCCAUCAAUGAUCUGGGAGCAGGAGAGUGCAGUGUGCCCUCCAUCAAAAUUAAAACCUGGGAUGCCAUUCCCACCAUGGCUCCCACUGAUGUAAAUGGUUAUGUAGGCUUGAAUGGAGAGCUCAUAGUGACUUGGACACCCAUGAAGCCCCAGUACUUUUUUGGUAAGAAGUUUGGCUAUAUAGUAGGUUUCAAGCCCCAUGAGGACUACGAAUGGAAGUGGUCAACGGUGGCUGAUCCAGAGUCGAGACGCUACGUCUACAAGGACGGCAUUAUACCCAACACUGAGAUACAAGUCAAAGUGAAAGGUUACAACAACAAAGGAGAGGGACCAUACAGCCUGACCAAAGUGGUGUUCUCAUCUGAGAGCGCCCCCUCGGAGGCACCACUGGAUGUUUAUGCCCGCCAGGUUACCUCCACUGAGGCUCUAGUGUGGUGGCUACAAGUUUUUCAAGUUCCUCCUCACUGGGUAGAUGGCUACCAGGUAAGUCCUCAAAAACACAACAAAUAA